AGAAUGUUUCUCUGAUGUAAGUGUAUAUCAAUUUAAGAUGUUAAAAGUGCCGGUCCGUAAAUGUUAUCAUGUUGCAAAACUAAGUUUUUUUAUUAUAUUAGUCGUGGCAGUUUUAAGUUUAUUUGAGCAUUGGCGUGGUGGGAAACGUACAGCUAAGGCAAAUCGUAUAAUCCCCGAAGAGCUUUACGAAAAUCAAAUUCUACAAGAUGAGGCUCUUAUUAUUCCGGGACUUGGAGAGGGUGGUGUUGCGGCUUACUUAUCUGGUGAAGCUAAACGUCUUGGCGAAGAAUCGGAGAAAAAACUAGCAAUUAACGUUUAUUUGAGUGAUAGAAUCGCUUAUAACAGGACUUUGAUAGAUCAAAGGAACCCGGCAUGUCAGAGGGUGCUGUAUGAUGCAGAGUUGCCGUCAGCAUCUGUGAUUCUGAUAUUCCACAAUGAGCCAUACUCUGUGGUUAUUAGAACUAUUUGGAGUGUUAUAAAUAGUGCAAGAAGAGAUCAGCCAUGGUACAACAGAGCUAACUAUGUUGACAGAGUUACAGGGAAAACUAUGACACUAGGCUACCCCGGCCAAGAUCCAUCAUCACCAUUUGUGUACUUAAAGGAAAUAAUCCUUGUUGAUGACAAUUCCACUCUUCCGGAGCUGAAGGACAAGCUGAGCUACUACAUCCGGACCAGACUGCCCCCUGACCUAAUAAAAAUUCUGAGACUGCCGGACCGCGUUGGGUUGACUCGCGCCCGCCUAGCCGGCGCGCGCUACGCGAAAGGCGAUGUCCUUUUGUUUCUGGACGCUCAUUGCGAGGCCCAGCACGAUUGGUUGAGGCCACUUCUGCAGCGGAUCAAAGACUCUCCCCACGCUGUCGUCGUACCCAUCAUUGACGUCAUUGAGGCCUCCAAUUUCUAUUACAGCGUGCAAGACCCGGUGACAUUUCAGGUGGGAGGGUUCACGUUCACGGGCCACUUCACGUGGAUCGACGUGCCCGAGCGGGAGAAGAAGCGCCGAGGAUCCGACAUCGCGCCCACCUGGUCGCCAACAAUGGCCGGAGGUCUGUUCGCCAUCAGCCGGCCGUACUACUGGGAGCUGGGCGCGUACGACGAGCAGAUGGCGGGCUGGGGCGGCGAGAACCUCGAGAUGUCCUUCCGGAUAUGGCAGUGCGGAGGCACACUGGAGACUAUCCCGUGUUCGCGCGUGGGCCACGUGUUCCGUAGCUUCCACCCGUACGGGUUGCCCGCACAAACCGACACGCACGGAAUAAACACGGCGCGCAUGGCGGAGGUCUGGAUGGACGAGUACGCAGAGUUGUUCUACCUGCACCGGCCGGACCUGCGGAAAAACCCGAAGAUAGGCGACGUGACGCACCGCAAAGUGCUGCGAGAAAAGCUCAAGUGUAAGAGUUUCCAGUGGUACCUCGACACAGUGUACGGCGACAAGUUCGUGCCAGUGCGAGACGUGUACGGCUUCGGACGCAUCCGCAGCGCGUGGAGCGGGCUGUGUGCAGACACCUUGCAGCGCGAAGGCGAGGGCGUGGCUUUGGGCGCGUAUCCAUGCCACGAGCGUCUCGAGCCCACGCAGUACUUCGCGCUAACCUCGCGCCGCGCCGGCCAGCUGCGUGACGAAGAGAAGUGCGCUGAGCUGCAGUUCGCCAGACGCACACAGAACGAGUUGGCGGAGGGCGUACAGCGCCGCGUGCUGAUGCAUGCCUGCCACGACAAGCAGCGCGAACAGAGGUGGCGCUACACGGAUGACAAGCAGCUCCGGCACGUGUCUUCGGGUCUGUGCCUCACUUCGCCCGCCGCGGCGCGUGCGCCCGCCGACUUGCAGGCCACGCCCUGUCGCUCCGGCGCACCCGACCAGCGCUGGCUCAUCGACUACAACGAAGACAACGGGUUCCGGCUCACAGACAACGAAGUGAUGAGUGAACAGGAACUGAGGCUACAGAAGCUCAGGGGCCAGCGGCGAAUCUCCCGCUCGCUGCUGUCGUACGAGAACGGUACGGCCGCGCGGCGCUCACGGAAGCACAAGCGCAAGAAACGGCGCAACAAGAAGAAGAAGGACAAAUUCAUCGUGCGGCUGGAGCGCACCGUGAACCACACUCGGCAGCACCUGGAGGCCGACCUGUACUGCCGCCACCGCCGGCUGCUGCCCAACGACUCCUUCGUGCGGGACCUGGUGGCUAUGCUCAACGACCGAGACAUCAAGGUGAUCAACAACGGCCGCGUGUUCGACAGGCACAAGGUGUACGAGCUGGAAAAGCUACCGCAUUCCCCCGCCCCUGUUGAAUCCGCACCCGCUGCCGUAGUCCACCACGCGCCUACACAUGUGCUACAGCCGAAGAAACGCAAAGAGAAGAAGCGUGUAAAAGUGAACACUAUGAGCGCUCCGCCCGCACUGGAGCACAGCCCGGUGAACCCUAUUCAUUCCGUGAACCCGAUCGACUCCAUCAAGCCACUGGACGAGGAACCCGCUGACACCGCGUUCCGGAACUUCCCGCCCGCAGAAAAGAAGAUUAUCAUCGAGGACUUUGUGGAGAUCAAACCCAAUACGAGGCCACCCGGCCGGCCCAAGCACAAACGUCGGCGUGUCCGUCCACGUGACCAGGAGCGAACUACGCCCCCAGCCCCGCCCACCUCGCGACGAUCGGAUGCGAUGAAACCCUCGGAUGAGUCCCUGGUGGACGAGGUGGAAACCAACCUGUUCGGAGAUUCUGCGGAGCCAUCGAAGCCCAACAAAAUACCGAUAGUGUUGGAACGUAGACAAUCUCCGCGAAAACAACACAAAAGUGACCACGACAAAGUGGACGUACGACCAGAAGCUACCAGCAUUGAGAACCACGACGACAAUCAGAAAGUCGUUCACUACAAAUACGACUUUGAUAACAACCAUCAAGACAAUCUAGUUAGAGAAGACAUUCAUGACAACAAGAAUCGCCAGAAAGACAACGCUCACGACAGACAUACAGAUUAUGUUGCUGAUAAGAUUAACGAGAAAGUUGAUAAUAAACUAGUUAACUACGACCACGUAUAUAAGGAUUACGACAAAGAUAAUUACAAUUACGACAAAGCUGAUAAUGAAUACCAUAAGGAUAUCAAUUAUGAGUUUAAUGAUAGAAAGGUGAAGGAUACCAACAGAGUGGAUGUUGAGGACAAGAGUACGUUCGUGGAUGUGGAUGAAGCUGCCGUCAACACGCACGACGCGCGCCCGCGAGCUGUCGACGAGGUAGCCGAUAAGCCAGUGCGCGUGGUGCUGCGAUCUAACUUGACCUUCAACCUGGGCGACGAGUUCUUCAACUGGAAGCGAGCGGCCGACGACGUCGCCAGCAGUCUUCUGGGGGAACUGUCCAUCCCCAGCAACACGACGGGCCGCGCAGAGCAGGCGAGUGACCACGCCCCUCCUGUGGCCCCGCCCGCGGCCCCGCCCGCUGAAGACGAGUCGGACUCCUCCGAGAGCGGCAGUGACGAGGAUUAGCCGCUGUUGUUUACGUUUACAGUAUUUCUUGAAGAUAUAGUUUAUAAAUAUUUAGUUGGUAUUAUUUGUCUCUCUUCACAUCACUUAUCAAUAGGUUAUAGUUUAUUUCACGAUUAAUUAAAAUUGUUAAAUGGUAAUUCACUUUAAAUAGUUCAAUAUGUUUAUGUAUGAUAGACAGGGAGAGGAAAUUAUCACAAAAUGUUUAGUGUGGUCCUUGUUACUUUACUAAAGGAUAAACAAAAAAAAAAUUUAGUAAAUAAGAUCCGCCAUUACUUUGAACAGAAAUUUUAUGUUAGCUAUCACAGUUAGGUAAGUCAUUAAUGUCCAAUGUUGCGUCUCUGAUGUACGACUUCUUAUAAUUUGAAUUCUGCAAUAAAAUAGAUAUAAUAUGAAUAUAAUGUAUUUCUUAAGUACUAACCUCAUCUGCACUAGUAUAGUUUGUAUUUGCACUUUAAGAAUAGCUAUCGGUAAAAUAUAUAGAAAUUUGAAUAGUGCGAUAGUAAUUAUUGUUUACAAAAACUAGUAUUUAUAUACUCUUUGAAAAAUCGUACACAAAGUAAAAAGCUGAUAAACCGUAAAAAAUAACAUUAGCAAUCACUUCAGACAUAUUUCAUUUAUUAGUUACAGAAUAAAUAAAAUAAAUUUUAUUAGAUUCCCGUCUUAAGUUAUAUGUAUUAUUAUCUGUAGUUAUGUAUUACUUAACUUUAAACGUUCCGUCCACUUAUUUAUAGAACUUUGAUAAGAAAAAGAAACUGUGUCUUCAGGACCCGGAAACGUGACAGACUGACAUCAUCUCAGUAAUUCAUUAGAUAUUAUAAUGUAUAUCUGGCUCUAUUUCCACAGCUACCCAUUAGAUAGUAAUAAGUAUAUUUAUGUGUCAUUAUGUAUUAUACAACAUUAAUGUGUUCAACAUUUUAACUAUAAAUACCUAUUUUCGCGAUGCUGUAUAUUUAAUAUAAAGAUGUAUAUUGUGUAUAGAGAAACUAUUUUCGUUAUAAUUAUAACUGGAGUAUCAUAUCACUUGUAAUUUGUUCUCAAUAAAAUUUAAGACUGAAA